AUGCAUACUCAACACGUUUUCGAUGGACGUGCUGUAUGCUCUCGAAAAUCUGACGACGACGACAAUGAUGAUGAUGAUCAUCAUCAUGAAAGAAAAUGGAUUGUUGUUACAUUGUAUGUCGCUGUCGUUGGUCUUUUCAUGGAGAAAAAGAAGAACGGCGAAAAAAAAAAUCGGGUGGUAGUAAGAAGAACAGACAACGUUAUGUGGCUGGACAAACCAGAUGUUGCAUACAACGCAAAAAAGAGAGCGAGAGAGUAACACAAUUCACUAAUUAUUUCAUACAAUCUGUAGUAAAAUAUGAAAAAGAUUGUUUGGAAUUAUGAUAUUAUUUGUGAAUAACUUGUGAAAUGUAAUGCGAGAAAGGAAGAAGAGAAGAGAACGUCGUCACCAUCACCAACCAACACCCGAACGACGACCAACGGUAAAGCAUCAAAUAAUCGUCCGUUUGAUUGUAAUGCAUUUUUUUUCCUCUCGUUCUUUCCAUCUUCGUGGUGUCCUGUCCUUUUUACUCUCUUUCUCGAGCGCGCGUUUUGCUUGCCCCUCACUUCGUCUUCGCCCGUUCGCCGCUCUCAGCUCCCGCUCUGUCUUUGUCUCUCUCUCUCGCUCUUUCCGCACACAUGCAUACACACGCACACAAUCAGUGUACAAGGACAUAACAAAAUAAGAGAGUAGAGGACAAGAGAGUAGAAGAAAGAACGUCGUCAUUAACGGUCACUUCACCCACCAAAUAUACGUGUAUAUAUACAUAUAUAUAUAUAUAUAUUACAUUGACGACAACGGCUACGACUGCACUAUUCAAAUAUAUGUGCUUUAAGUAUGUAACACAUAUCUAUGUCUCAAUAAGUCACAUCAACAUCUGACCCGAUAACACAUAUAUUAUGUCUCGUCUGCAAUAGCAUAAGUCAUCUGUUCGUUUUCUUUCGAUUGAUAAAAUAUGUAUGAUCUAAUUGAGUUGACAUUUGAUAGGUUCGUAUUUUUGCUAAUAUUCUAAGUGAGAUAUGGUCUGACCCAUUCAAAUAUCAUCAUUAGUAUAUAUUUUUUUUCAGCAAAAGAAGAAAUCAGUAGAAAAAAAAGAAAAUAAUGCAUGAAAGAUGAUUUAGGCCGGAUGGGUAGCUCGCCUGCGGACUCCCAUUUCAUCAACAACCAACUAUUGCAACGAACGAUGAUGAUGAUGAUGGUAAUGUUGUGUUGAAUACCAACGCCCGAACGAUUUUCUUUCUUUCUCACACUCUCUUCGUCUUCUACUACUCUUCAUCCUCUUCUUAUUUCUUUUCUUGUCGUCCUCCUGUCGC